AUGAAAUGUUUCGAAAGAAUUGUAGUGAAUCAUCUAAAAAGUGUUAUUCCAUUGGGAUUUGACCCCAAUCAGUUUGCAUAUCGGUCAAACAGAUCAACUGAAGAUGCAGCUCUUAUGGUCCUUCACAGGGUACUCUGUCAUCUUGAAAAUAGAGACUCCUAUGCUAGAUUGUUAUUCAUGGAUUAUAGCUCCGCCUUUAACACGGUAGUGCCAGCGGUGUUAGUAAAAAAGCUUUUAGAGAUCGGAUAUGAUACGGCCAUAUGCAACUGGCUGUCGGAUUUCCUGACAGAUCACCCUCAGACAGUCAGACUGGGCUCUGACUUGUCUUCGGAACUGGUAUUAAAUGUAAGAGUUCUAAGCCCCUUCUUAUAUUCCUUGUAUACCUCCGACUGUGAGUCUAAUUCGGAAACAAUCUCUGUGAUAAAGUUUGCGGAUGACAACACCUUGGUGGGUUUGAUAACUGGCGGAGAUGAGAGUAGUUAUAGAGAGGAAGAGCUGUUCGGCUACAGAACAGAAAGGUGUAAAAAUGUCCUCUGUGUUUUCGGUUACAUAUUUACUCUGGGGUUCCUUAAGAUGAUCUUCUACUGGAAGCCAGAGUUAGAUAUCUGGUGGCAUUGUGUCCCGUGCAACUUGGAAGAAGCUGAUGUUAUAUUGUUAAGAACUACAGAUGAAUUUAAGAAAUACACAAAGAAGAGAGUAAAAUGGAUCCAUUCAGAUGUGCCACGUGCUAUACCUAACGAUGAAAACCUGACAGGAGAAAAGGCAGACCUACACACAUUAUUAAUAAAGCCUGAGAUAAAGGUUCGAUACAUAAAUGUACAGAAAACUCGCUAUGUUUGGAAUCCAUCAGACGGCUUGUUUCAGAAAAUUGGGGUUCUGAAUGAGACUUACUCAUGUUCUGCUAUACAUGCUAAAUAUGGAUUGGGCUUGCGUAGUGAAGAAAGAAAAGCCAGGCAACAGUUAUGUGGACCAAAUACAAUUAAAGUAGACAUAACCCCAAUAUGGAAGCUGCUUUCUAAGGAGAUUUUAAACCCCUUUUACAUUUUUGAAGUGUACUCGCUAAGUACAUGGUUUGCAACCGGGUAUAUUGAAUAUUCUAUGGCAAUAUUAAUCAUGACCAUCCUGUCUGUUGUUGUUACCACUUACUUGUUGAGAAAGCAAUCAGUUAAAUUGCACGGCAUGGUUGAAACCCAUAACAAUGUUAUGGUCUCUGUGCUUCAAAGAAAUGGGGUGAUUAAAGAAAUUAAAUCCAAACACCUGGUCCCGGGAGAUGUGAUUAUUUUACCAGAGGAGAAAUUUAAUCUGCCUUGUGACGCUAUAUUGAUAUCAGGGGGGUGUGUUUUAAAUGAGGGCAUGCUGACAGGUGAAAGUAUUCCUGUUACAAAACUUCCUUUACCUAAUGUGGACAGUGGAACUCCUUGUAAAAUGCACAGUGGGGAAAUGUACAGAGGACAUAUAUUGUACUGUGGAACAGAGGUCAUUAAGACUAAGGCACCUGCAGAUGGCCAGGUGAAAGCUGUGGUCUUACAAACAGGAUUCAACACUGCAAAGGGAGAACUUGUGCGAUCCAUUUUGUAUCCCAAGCCAAUAAAUUUUAAACUCCACAGAGAAGUUUUAAAGGUCCUUCUAGGACUUAUGGUGCUUUCCGUCAUUGGAGUCAUAUAUACAGUUGUGAUUUAUUCAAUGAGAGGAGCUACAACAAGGGAAUUAGUGAUCAUGACACUUAUCAUGGCAACUGUUGCUAUUCCUGUUUCUCUGCCUCCAGCUUUGUCUAUCUGCACCAUCUACUGUCAAACACGAUUAAAGAAACAAGGAAUUUUUUGCAUCAGCCCUCAGAGGAUUGUAGUGUGUGGCCAGUUAAACGUUGUCUGCUUCGAUAAAACAGGUACAUUAACAGAAGAAGGCUUAGACUUGUGGGGUAUUGUUCCUUCUGAAGGAAACUGUUUUCAGGAAGUCCAGUCCUUUACACCUGGCAGUCCUUUACCCUGGAGCCUUUUGGUUGAGGCAAUGGCCAGUUGCCAUUCACUGGUUCUAAUGCAUGGCAAAAUACAUGGAGAUCCACUGGAAGUGAAGAUGUUUGAAAGCACUAGCUGGGGAUUAGAAGAAGUUAUGGCAAAUGAGAAGUGUAGCGCAUGUACAGUCGUUACCCCAGGAUCAACAGCACUAUGUGUACCAAACAAAGGACUCUGCAUUGUGUGCCAGUUUCCCUUUUCUUCCAAUCUUCAGCGCAUGUCUGUUAUCACCAAGGUAUUAGGAUCAUCCAAAUUCAUUGCAUUUAUGAAAGGAGCUCCAGAGGUUGUGGUUCAGUUUUGCCAGCAAGAAACAGUUCCAAACAAUUUUUCAUGCACACUCAACCACUAUACAAUGCAAGGCUUCCGUGUCAUUGGGAUGGCAUACAAAAAAUUGGAAUUAAAUGAAGAUGUUAAAGUGGAGACUUUAAAAAGAGAAGAGGUGGAGCAUGAACUUUUGUUUCUUGGAUUUUUAAUCAUGGAAAAUAAACUGAAGCCUGAAACAAAACCUGUGAUUCAUGAACUAAAGUCUGCUAACAUAAGAACAAUCAUGUUAACGGGAGAUAACAUUCAAACGGCUUGUACUGUGGGACUCGGCUCCGGAAUGGUACCUGAUACUUCCUGCUUACUUAUGCUAGAAGCCUUUGAGCCUGAGGGAGAUGCCCCAGCCUCAUACACCUGCCAGCCAGUGGGGAGGGAAAGUGAAAAGUCACACAGACAAAAUAACACAGUAAGGAAUGUCAUAUCCAUGGCCGCUGAUAACAAUUGGUGUUUUGCUACAAGAACAGGGAACUACCAUUAUGCUAUGAGUGGAAAAUCUUAUGAAAUUAUCACGCAACAUCUGCCUGCUUUAGUACCUGAUAUUCUUCUUAAUGGAACUAUUUUUGGAAGAAUGACACCACAACAAAAAACAAGCAUUAUUGAAGAUUUGCAAAAAAUUGAUUACUACGUUGGUAUGUGUGGAGAUGGAGCUAAUGACUGUGGGGCAUUGAAAAGGGCUCAUGCGGGAAUAUCUUUAUCCAAUUUGGAAGCUUCAGUGGCUUCUCCUUUUACAUCCAAAAUCCCAAACAUUGAAUGUGUUCCAAAAUUACUGAAGGAAGGAAGAAAUGCCCUUGUUACUUCUGUGUGUUUGUUCAAAUACCUCAUUAUGUAUACCCUGGUGGAACUCAUUUGCAUGAUGCUACUAUUUUGGAAACAAACAUUACUUGGAAAUUAUCAUUAUCUGAUGCAGGACAUUGCUAUUACUGUCACAGUUAUCUUAACAAUGAGUUUAACUGGCCCUGCUUCAAAACUGGCUCCUUACAGACCAGCAAUGAGCCUUCGCUCUCCUCCAUUACUGCUGUCAGUGUUCAUCCACAUUGCAUUCUCCCUCAUUAUACAGACCAGUGCAUUCAUACUGGUGCAGCAUCAACCAUGGUACAAUGAAAGUGAUGUCUUCAGUGCAUGUGUUCAUCAAAACCAAAGUUACGCCAACCACACAGUACAUAUGGCACACAGUCACUCUCAAAACUUCCUGACCACAACACUAUGGCCUGUGAGUGGAAUAAACCUGAUCGUUGUUGAAUUUGUGUUUUCCAAAGGAAGACCUUUCAGAAAGCCCAUAUAUACUAACUAUAUAUUUUGCUCACUGAUAUUAGCACAAAUGGGAGCCUUUUUAUUUAUGUUGUUUGCGGAUAUUAAGAAGCUGUACAGUUUCAUGGAGCUUGUCUGUACACCACUUUACUGGAGAAUGGAAAUAUUAGGAAUGGUAAUCAUGCUUUUUUUUACAUCUUACAUUGUAGAGGUCUUUGUUUAUAGUAGAAAUCUCUGGCAAAUCAUAAAGAAGAUUUUUGGUUACAAGUCAAAAAGUGGCUACAAAAAGCUCCAGAGGGCGUUGGAAAAGGACACAGAAGGCUCCUUGUGGAAACUGAUGCUUACAUCAGAACAAUGUUUUUUAGUAGAAAAUGAUAGCAUUUAAUGUAUCUUGCAUAACAACAUUUUGUUAGGUUCAAAUAAUAUAUAUUUUGUUACAUGUUCUCAUACAAUAUAUUCUUACACUAGAAGCUAUAUAAGUGGGACAUAUUAAGCACCAUUGCUACUACCUUGUUAUGGUUAUAGGUAAUGUGGGGGUACAAACAAUAUGUAAAACCCCCCUCAAAAGCUGCAGCCAGCACCAAGCUAUGACAGCCUUGGGGUGGUUUCAUUAUAAUAUGGGGUAUGGUCAGUGGCGUAACUAGAACUUUUUCUCCCCCAAGCCAAAAGCUAAAAAAUUUUCUGGCGUCCAUCCCCCCCCCCCCCCCCCCCAUAAUUGGCACUAGUAAAGCGACGAAUCUGCGCAUGCGUGCCACAAAAAUGGGUGUGGCUUUGUUGAAAUGGGUGUGGCUUUGUUGAAAUGGGUGUGGCUUUGCAUAAAUGGGCGUGGCAUUGCAGGAAAGACUACCUUAUACCCCAGUUUUUCAACCUGCACGCCCAGACGUUGGCCACCACAGGAAAGAAAAAUAAUCCUGAUUCAUGCCCCUUACAUUAUUUGUCAUUUUUCUUCCUUAUAGUAAUGCCCAGUAUACAUUAUGCCACAUACUGCAAUGGCCCUUAGACAUUAUGCCACACACAAUAAUGCCCGUGACACAAUAUGCCACACACCAUAAUGCCUGUGACACAUUAUGCCACACACCGUAAUGCCUGUGACACAUUAUGACAGGAAUCGCAAUGCCCGUUAUACAUUAUGCUACACACUGCAAUGCCCCUGAUACAUUAUAGCACAUACAAUGCCUGUGACACAUUAUGACACACAUACUACAAUGCCCGUGAUAUAGUAUACCACACACCGUAAUGCCCGUGACACAUACCGUAAUGCCCGUUAUACCCUAUGCCACACACCGCAAUGCCCAUUAUACAUUAUGCCACACACUGCAAUGCCCCUGAGACAUUAUACCACAUACCACAAUGCCCGUGAUAUAGUAUGCCACACACCGUAAUGACUGACACAUUAUGACAGACACCGCAAUGUCCGUGAUACAUUAUGCCACACACUGCAAUGACCCUGAGACAUUAUACCACAUACCACAAUGCCCGUGAUAUAGUAUACCACACACCGUAAUGCCUGUGACACAUACCGCAAUGCCCGUUAUACCCUAUGCCACACACCGAAAUGCCCGUUAUACAUUAUGCCACACUGCAAUGCCCCUGAGACAUUAUACCACAUACCACAAUGCCCAUGAUUUAGUGUGCCACACACCGUAAUGCCUGUGACACAUUAUGACACAUACCGCAAUGUCCGUGAUACAUUAUGCCACACACCACAAUGUCCAUUACACAUUAAGUCCUACAGUAAGGCUUCUAAUUAAAUUACCUGCUCGUUGCCAGGGGUUUCAUGCUCUUGGUUCCAUGCACGGUGCCAGGGGUUUUCAUGCUCAGGGUGUCAUGCUCGAUGCCAGGGGUUUCAUGCACUGGGUGUCAUGCUCAUUGCCAGGGUUUUCAUGCACUGGGUGUCAUGCUCGUUGCUAGGGGGUAAUGCUUGUUGCUAGGGCUGUGUUCCCAGUGCCACUAAUGCCCCCAGUGCCAGAUAUUCCCCCACAGUGCCAGGUACACACAUGCCCCCAAUGCCAAAUAUGCCCCCCCCAGUGCCAGGUACACAUAUACCCCCCAGUGCCAAAUAUGCUCCCCCAGUGCCACAUAUGCCCCCUCAGUGCCACAUAUGCCCCCCAAGUGCCAAAUAUGCUCCCCCAGUGAUAGGUACAACUCACCCCCGCUCUCCCGCUGUUUUGUGAAGGAGGUACAUGGAGGGCACAGUGCGCGCCUCUUCUGUGUCCCUCCUGCAUCUCCGGCAUGUCUGUUAAAUGAA